CCAUGAGAAUGGCUGGUUGAUGUCUCAUUGCCAGCACAGCUUGGAACUGAGCACUGGUUGGAGAUCUGCUAGCUCACACUCACGCAUAACGUUCAUGUUUUAAGUUCGACCUAGGAGGAGAGCUCUCUGAACCAACACAAGCAUGGCUGAGGAACGAGUGUAUUCAGAUUCUAGCAACCUUGCUUAUGGCCAAUCUACCGCUGCUGCAGGUGAAGGGGAUGCCUCGCCGCUUGAUCCAUUAACCAUUUUUAAUCUCCUAGAGAAAGUGGCUGGGAUUGUCGACAGUGUGAAUGAAACUCAACAGAAAAUGGAACUACAGCAACUGGAAAUAGAAAACACCGUUAAAGAGAUACAAAUCGAUGUUGCAAAACUUAAUAAGGCUCAUUUGGCCACAGAUAACACGGUCGCAAAGUUGCUAGUGAAAACCCAAAAGAUCAACGCCAAUGUUAAAGAUGUGAGACAGCGACUGGAUAAAACCAAUGCUCAGGUCAAAAAAGUUGAAGGAAAUCACCGUGAGCUGCUCAAAAGGAAUAAAUUUCGGGUGGUUAUAUUCCAGGAAGAAAAUGAAAUGCCUUCUUCUGUCACGUAUAAAAAACUUCCAAACGAGGGGAAUGCAGCGGCAUCUGAAGAACACAGUUCAAAAACAGCCACACCACCACCAGACCUCUCCUCUGAUGAAGAGCUUGUUUAUGAAGAUGGAACUGCAACUGCACGCCUCAAGAAAUCGGGAAUGAAGGGAGUGGAUAAUAUCAAGAAAGUUUUCUCAAGAGAAAAUAUGCAAAAAACCAAGCAAAACUUAGGGAAGCAGAUGAAUCGGCUGAGCGCAACUAUAGUCCCCCCAGACCAGAGAGAGAAGAUAAGGAUUUCUGGAGAGAGGAUCAAAAAGUCCAUUGUCGAUUCAAAACCUUUUCAUAUGAAGAAGAAAAAUGAAAGAAGUGGGGCAGAAGGGCAAGAGGUUGCCAUCAAAAAUGUGGGAGAAAGUUCCAAAGGCGAGGGCACUGGUCCAGAAGCGGCAACUGAUAUUAACGCUGCAGCAGCUGCUGAGGUUAGUGAAGACAGCCUCCCAAGCAUGAGUCCACAUGUUGCCAAUACAGAGACGGUCGUUGUAACAAUGGAAGCAAAGGGUGAAGAAGCAGUGCCUGCAGUGGCAGAGGGGAAGCGGAGUCCUGAGUUUAGUUAAGCACAGACUUAAAGCUGCGCUACUUAAUAGUGGCAGAGACUGCCACGCCUGUGAUGGCAAUACAUCCCUAAAAUGAGUUGUGCUUCCAUUCAAAUGUUACUGGUUUAAUUACUUAGAUUCUUUAUUUAAUUUGGCCUUUUUUUUUUAAAAUGAAGCAUUGGUGUCAUGUACAAAGUCAGUCCUCCCAUGUGCAUCCUGCUAGCAGGUUGACUGGACCUCAGAUGACCGUGGAUCAGUCUUCUGCAUUUUUUUCUGAUAGUUGUAGAAGUGGAAUUACAAAGGAUUGACAGGAAGUUUACAACCUAAAAUAAAUUAGUAAAUUCUGGGAUUUUAAUUUUUUUUAUUUCAAGAGUGGUCUUUGAAGAAGAACAGCAUCAAUUAAUCUUGUAUUUUUAUCUUAAAUUUAUUUUUGAAUAGGGCUAUUAAGUAAUGCAGCUUUAAUUCUUGUAGUCUCUCAGCUUCUGAUACAUUGUGUUCUAUGGAUCAUUGUGUCGACACAUGCCAUGUCAUUGCAAGAAGAGAUUUAGAAAGUCUUGCUUCCCUCUUAUUUAUGGUAAUCAAAACACUAAGUAAUCAAGGCUCAGGAUUGAAAACGAGAAGCAAAAUGAUCAGGUGUUGAAUAUUAGGAAAAUUAUAGCAUAUAAAUGUAGAAUUCAUCUAUAAAAUUUGUCAGCAUUCAUCAUAUUCCAUCCCACAGGGAAUGUAAUCAAAUUGCUGCAUGGCUUAGAAAUAUAUUACUACAAUAUAAAUAUAUUUCAAAAGCCAGUUACAUAAAUAGAAUCAAAGCAAUUCAAGUACGUAUUUUAUUAUGGGUUCUUUACAAAUAUUCAUUUUUUAAACGCAAGUAUUUAGCUGAAUUGAGCAUGUUUUUGAAGUGUGUAUCCUGUGUAAUCACCAUGGUACCAUGAGUUAGUUUUAAAAUUGAAUUAGAAGUGUUGCAGUACAUGUAGAAUGGUGUGAUUUAGUAUAAUAUCCUUUGUGUACCUUUCAUGUUGUCUUUCAUGUGGAUGUGCAAAUGGUGUCAGAGUUAUGUGUUUAUCUUUUUGGAGGGUAGGAUGGGGUGUGGAGGGAGUGGAAAUUUCAAUGGUGUUCGUAAAAAAGUAUGUCAUCCAGUUGGCCAUUCAAGUGAAUAACCUAUUUUUUAGUUUGAGUCGAUUCCCCUGCAAUUAAAGGUUGAUCUCUAAUUUUAAGAGUUACCUUAAUGUAUGCAUUUGUUGAAACGUAGGGACAGCUGACGUGUGCCUGUAUUCACUUUACAUGUUUCUUCCCCCUUCUCUCCUUCUGGAGAUGGUGACUCAUGCUGAGCCAUUGUUCCAAGGGCGCUGGAAGCCCUCAGAUAUUACAGCCAAGCAUGUGAGCUUGUGCUUUGAAUGUUGGCAGGCUAUUUGCCCAUUGAGAGGGAUGUCACAAUGAGGCCAACUCUGGCCACACCCAUUGACCAGAAACAGAUUUUCCAGGAGGAGUCACUGGAUAGUAACCAAGAGCAGGAAUCCUGGCCAUUUGCCUCCUAUCCAACAACGAUGUUCAAAUUCAUACAUUCUUCUAAUUUUGGGUUUAAGAAUGACCAGAAAGAUGAAUCAUAUUAGAUUGGAUUCCUCAUUCUGCCUUCCUUUUAAGUACCGCCACUCCGUUUUUGAACCUUACUUAUUAUUCUGUUCUCUAACUAGUCCAUACCAUUCAAAACGUCCCCACUAAAUAAAGAACCAGUACAGCUCAAACCAAGUGUUCAAGAAGGAACUGCAGAUGCUGGAAGAUCGAAGGUACACAAAAUUGCUGGAGAAACUCAGCGGGUGCAGCAGCAUCCGGGGAGACUAAGCGUAGGUUGACUAAGCAUAGGGGAGACUAAGCGUAGGUUGGGCGAUCGUUUCGC